AGGAACGUCUCAAGUUUAAAAAAAGCUUACCCCACGUAUCACCGAGCGUCGAGCCAGAGCUCUUCCAGUGUCCCCAAGAUGCGGUCGGUGGCCCUAGCCGUCGCGCUCUUGCUGAGUCUGACAACGAGUCCCGCAAGAUCCCUGGUGCUCGAUGCCGACCUGCAGCUGUUCGUGAGCACGAUUGAGCGCUAUUCGACCACGAAAAACGACAUCGUCUUCGUGCUGGACGAGUCCGGUAGCAUCGGUGCGAACGUCUUCCCUGCGGAACUAGCCUUUACCGAGAUGGUGGCUCGGCUGUUGGUGGUAUCGCCCGAGUACUCAAGGCUAACAGUGAUGACCUUCUCCAACGACAACUUGGUUCACAUCGACCAAGUGGGAAGCAGCGGCGACACAAACAUGUGCAAGUUUGUGCACGAGGUGAACAAGAUUCCCUAUAGGUCUGGAGGCACAAGGACCCAUGAAGCGUUGGGGUAUGCAGGUGAGAUCCUCUGGAACGCCAGGCAAGAAGCGAACAGAAUUGUGGUUUUGAUAUCGGACGGACAAGCCAACAGCGGAUCAGAGCCUUCUGAGAUUGCACGGUUACUUAGAGUGAAGGGAAUCGUCAUAUUCGGUGUGGGAGUCGCCCAUAUCAACAAAGAUGAACUGCUGGAUGUGGCUUCAAGCCCAGCUCACACGUACAUGCUUCGAAACUUUGAAUACAUAAAAAAAGUCAACAAGGAUCUGCGCAAAGAUAUUGUAGAGAAACAGUGGGACGAGGCAACGUCGUCGAGUGUCUGCGGGAAACAGUCCGACGCCAACGCCAUCUGCGCGUGCGGUGCUCGUGGCGGGACCUACCAGUGGGUCUGCAACCCCGGAUACCAGGAGGCAGGCACUCCGGGCCAGUGCCGGCCCUGCCCUCGAGGUACGUACCGAGGAGCUGCGGGGAAUGAAGCCUGUCUACCCUGCCCCGGAAAUUCGACCACGAAGGACGAAGGCGCCAGAAGCGUCAGCCAGUGUUCCUGCCUGGCCGGAUACGAGGGGUCGCCGGCGAAUAACCUACCCUGCACGCCCAUCCUCUGCGCCCAGUUAUCGUCGCCGAUCGGAGGCAGCACCCUUCCCAGAAAGUGCGGCAACACCUUCAAUACCUCGUGCAGCUUCAAGUGUGACGAAGGGCACUGCCCGUACGCCUGCAACCGCUCUAAGCUCGCUGCGGGUGACGUUCCUUGGAACAAGAUAUCAGCCAACCCCCGAGUCUGCCAGGCGGACAAGAAGUGGUCCGGGCUGGAGUUCUCCUGCGCAAAAGUGCGAUGCCCUCCGGUGAAUCUACCGCCUCACGGACGCGUCAACUGCACGAGCUCGCAACUGGACUUUGGGACCGAGUGCCAAGUCGCGUGUGAUCCGGGAUACAACAUCAACGGAAGCACCAGUCUGAUCUGCCAGAUGAACGGCCAAUGGGACAAGGAGCCGCCAACAUGUGAAGUUGUAACAUGUCCCCCGCUGAAGAGUAGAAAGAAACUGCAACUGAGGCCAUCAUCGUGCAAGAACGGCUCUCCGUUCGAGUCGAUUUGCCAAUACUCCUGCAUUAAGGGGUUUCUCCUGGUGGACGCAAACACAAAGGUGGCUGUGGACGGCACUCGCGUCUGCCUGGCCAAUGGAACAUGGUCUAACAUGAACCAAUCUAUAACGUGCAAAGACGUUGAGAGACCUGUGCUGAAAGACUGUCCAGCCGAUGAGCCAUUUGUGACGGACCCAAACGCACCCUACUGCUCGAAUGUGACGUGGCUGGAACCAAGUGCCGAGGACAACGAUGACGGAGCGACUGUGCGGGUGGUGCAUCCACCGGGCGUCACAAAGCCACCACAUCGCUUCGCAGUUGGAGAGACGGUGGUCACCUACAUCGCCGAGGACUGGGCAGGCCUCGCAUCCGAACCUUGCUCUUUCACCGUCUUUGUCACCGAUAACCAGCCACCAGUCGUUGUAUUUUGCCCCGAUGACAUCAUCGAAUUCAGCGAAAGGAGUCAAAAGAACAUCACGUGGGAAAAGCCAAUAUUCAAGGACAACGCAGGUCCCCCGAACAUCACAGCGACCAGGGAUCCGGGAAGCGUUUUCACUUGGGGUCCUCCCAGUGACGUGACCUACCACGCAACGGACUUAGAUGGCAACGUGGCCAACUGCAGCUUCCGAGUUGUCGUAAAACCGUAUCCCUGCCCGUACUAUCCACCACCCAAGAACGGAUUUGUGACCUGCGACUCGAAGACCGAUCGCCAGUUCUGCAGCGUUUACUGCGACCAGGGAUACGAGUUUGUGUCCCCGCCAGCGCCUCUGUACCGAUGCAAGCAGAAGGUAAACAAAGGAGAAUGGAGCGCAUUCUCCAGGAACAAGAAGCUUAAGUUACCCUGGCCGGACUGCGCAGUACCGAAGAAACCGAAGAAGACCGACUACACCGUCGAUUUCAAAUUUGCUACGAAUUCCUGUCAGGUCAGCGAGGAACAAAAGCAACGGCUCAAGAAAAAGUUUUUCGAUGCGUUUAAAAAGAAGGUUGGGCACGUCGUAGGGAUGUGCGACCCCAAUCAGGGCUGCACCGUUGACAACGUUCACAUCGACUGUCAAUCAAAAAACAAGACCAAAAUCCAGAAACGUGACCUCUCUGUUAAGAAGCAUGGUCGGCGUGGAUCUAGCGCUGCGUCCAGAGCCUUGCAAAAGAGAGACGCUGUGGAUGACGACAACAACGACGACUUUGAAAGUACGUUCAGGUUAUCGUUUACAGUGCCCUUACCAGAAGAUUUGAACGUCACAGAACUGAUUGAAGCAUGCGAGGACUGCAAAAACACGAGCCUCGUUCAUCCAAGCGAAGUCGUGGCGACGGCUCUGAGGCAGGCACUAGAGUCUGCCACCAGUGAGGCUGCGAACGCCAGCGUUGUAGAAGCGCUGCCAGACGCUGUUCUAGUUGAGUCAACGCAAGUCCUCAAAUCAGAGUGUAGCCACGGUCAAGUAUCGAACAAUCUGCUCUGUGUCAACUGUCCGGUGGGAACAUACUACCACAACGGGACCACGUGUCUGCCUUGUCCGAUCGGAACCUAUUCAGAUCUGGAAGGUGCAAGUUCCUGUCUUUCGUGCCCCGACAACAAAACAACGCUUUCGGAGAAGUCCAGCUCACCGUCAGAAUGCAGAGCACUCUGCAAGCCAGGAACCUUCUCAACCAGUGGAAAGGAGCCAUGCAUGUCGUGUGAUACAGAGUCCUACCAGGACAUUUCGGGACAGGCAUCAUGCAAGAAGUGUCCAGCUGGUCUCAGCACGGGAUUUUGGGGAGCAAAAGAAUCAUCUUCCUGUCAAGACGCCUGCUCCCCUGGAACAUACUCGAUAUUUGGAACCAAACCAUGUGCACCUUGCCCCGUUGGAUUCUACCAGCCUCUGAGGAACCAGACGUCAUGUAUGAAAUGUGAAAACGGCCUCAGCACUCACACCGUUGGCUCAACAGCAAAAUCGGACUGCGUUGACGUUAAGACCUGCGAAUUACUGAAACCAUGUGCCGAGGGAUCGACGUGCGUGGACCUGGGAAGCACGUACACGUGUGCAUGUCCGGAAGGGCUGGUGGGACCGAACUGCGAGAACAACAUCGACGACUGUGCCGAAGAUUUGUGUUUGAACGGAGGUGUAUGCAUCGACGGGCUGAACAACUACACCUGUUCAUGUCCUCCUGGCUUUACCGGAUCCAACUGCGAAGUGAAUAUCAACGACUGCGACUCAAAUCCUUGUCAGAACGGAGCAACGUGCAUUGACGGCGUCAACACUUUCGCGUGUAAAUGCGCGAAAGGAUUCCGUGGUAAGACCUGCCAUGCCAGGUACCACGACUGUGCAACGAGACCUUGUCAGAAUGGAGGCUCCUGCUUUGAUUCCAUUGACGGAUACAGAUGCUGCUGUCGCAGAGGAUUCACGGGAAAAUCUUGCGAACUGAUUGAAACACCGUGCUCCCCAAAUCCUUGCGAACACCAAGGAACGUGUGUAGCUAAGGGGGAUGAGUACGAGUGUACAUGUCAGGAGGGAUUCACGGGUCCGCGAUGCGAGGAGAAUGUGGACGACUGUCAAUCCAGCCCCUGUCUGAACGGGGGGACGUGCGUCGACGGGCUGGCGUCGUUCUCGUGCAACUGCUCCGGACUUUACACGGGAGAACUUUGCGAAACAGUGAGGCCCUCCAACUUCAGCCUACACUUCCCCGAUGCUUCCGUGUCCAACUACGCCAGGAUUUCCGUAAAGCGCAACCUGAGAGCGAUCACCCUAUCCUUCUUCAUGAAGACCUCCCAAAGCAAGGAGCGCGGGACGCCGGUGUCCUACGCUUUCGCUGACCCCGAAACCGGCGCCAUCGUGGACAACGGCCUGGUCGUUUCGGAUCCCAACAAGCUGCUCCUCUACAUUUUCCAGGAAAGCUACGACACAAAUACGGUAGCCAACGAUGACGACUGGCAUCAUUGCGCGGUCACGUGGAAUAGCAAGACGGGUCAGUGGACCUUCUACUGGGACGGACAGUCGCGGAUCACAGGAGUCAGGUCCAUGGGCGGACACAUGUUCAAGGGGGAACUGGUGGUGGGUCAGGAGCAGGACCAGGUUGGAGGAGCGUUCAGUGGCAUCGAGUCGUACUCCGGCCACGUGGCUGAACUCAACAUCUGGGACUACGAGAUGUCUGCGUCGGAGAUCAACAGCCUUACAACAAGCUGCGGCAACGCCGGGAAUGUUGUAGCUUGGCCUGAGCUACGAAAUGGCAUAGAAGGGAACAUUGUGUCCUCUGGCUACCCAGACAUCUGCAUGGGGGCACCAGCUACUGUGGAUGAAUGCCAGACUUGCCACUGCUCCUUGAACUCUCUGGAGAACCGUUUUCGGUGUGCCAGAAAUGCAGGAUCGUGUGACAACAACCCUUGUCAAAACGGUCAAGCCUGUGUAAUCGGAGAUGACGGAAGUUCCCAGUGCGACUGCGAGGAAGGGUUCCAAGGCAAAUUCUGCGAAUAUGAUGUGGAUGAAUGCCUGGAGGGAAAACAUAACUGUUCCCAUAAAUGUGUCAACUCACUAGGAUCUUACACUUGCUCUUGCCCUGCUGGCUUACACCUCAGCGACGAUGGCAUGACGUGUAUAGAUUCAUCAUAUUGCACGGAUGGAAGAUCGGCAUAUCUCCACGGUGAACAUUGGCAAAGAGACUGCGAAACCUGCACUUGCGAAAUGGGAUUCAUCAAAUGCUCUGCCCUUACUUGCAAAAGAAAAACAUGUCCUGAAGGUCAAGUUGUCUUCCAUAAUCUGAAAGAUUGCUGCCCAUCAUGUGUUGAAGCUCCACCAUCUUGUCAGCUGCUUCCAAACAAAACGUUGACCACGUUCGACGGGCUUUCCUUACCGGUGUACGACAGAAGGCGGUACAGCCUGUUUCAAGACUGCUACCACGGCGAUUACUUCGGCUACCUGGACGAAACGGGGCACCAAAGGGCGGUUCGAGUCUACAUUCAUUGCUUGACGGCGACGAUGUACCAUAACGGUACUGUGCUAGUCAACGACAAGACCGUUAGCUUACCCCACCAGGAAAGCACUAUCCUCAAAGUAAGUAGCAGCACAGACGGUGCCGGCGUCGAGCUACAAACUCACCACGGGGUCGUUGUGAGCCUCAAGUCCGAUGGAACGAUUGUGACCACGAUCGCGAAGAAGUUUGCGGGAAAGGUUUGUGGACUCUGCGGCAACAUGAACGACGACGGCCCUGACGACUUCAAGACCAGGCACCACAUCCCGGCUAAAAGUGUUGAGGAAUAUGUAAGCAGUUGGGAGGUUCCGAAUGAGAGGAAGACCCAAAGCAAGCAACCGGAAAGCUGCAGGAAGCGAUCACACAGAGAUGUCAAGCGCGCCAUGGGCAUGUGCAACGCGCUCAAGGGCCGUUACUUCCACGUGUGCUACAAGCAUGUCAAGAACCUGCAGGCUUUCGUCGACGCGUGUAUGGACCACAUGUGCUCGUGCCACCGGAACAACCUUUGCUACUGCGAUGCUUUUGCAUCUUUCAAGCUGGCCUGUGAGAGGCAUAACAUCACCUUUAAUAAGAUGCCCGGAAGGGAGUGCGAACGCCAGUGUCCCGAGGGAAUGACAUUCGACGCCUGUGGCCCGGCACGCGUUGAGAGGUGUCAUCCAUACUCCUUCGAAGCCAUGGACACAUGCAUGCCCGGCUGUUACUGUCCGUCUGAGAAACUGUGGGAAAACGGAAAAUGCGUCGAAAAGAAGAAGUACUGUGCCGCGUACGAAAAGAAUCUGAGGGCAAUGGGGUCAUCAAAGAAAAAAGUGUAGAGGCGGCCUUCAGAAUUGUUCGUCACAUCACACGACCAUGUCACUCAUUCUUCAUUUAUCACUGUUCGAGGUUUCAUAAAUGGACCUGAAAACAGAAGUAGUGAACUGAAAAUUAAAGCGCGAUUGCUCCAGA